AUGGCAGUCUCCUUCCUAUGUUCAUCAAUGGUCUGUAUUCUGCUACUGUUCUUCUUCACCACUCAAAUUUUAGCCCAGGCAACACAAUCGAACUCGACCACAAGCUUUUCAUGUGCAGUAGAUGCACCAUCUUCAUGUGAAACAUAUGUAUCUUACUUUGUGGAGUCUCCAGGGUAUAUGAACCUGGAAAACAUAUCUGAUCUAUUUGGGGUCAGUGUCUCAUCAAUUGCUCAGGCCAGUAAUCUAGCUUCUGGUUACACAGAUCAGACCCGAUUGGUUCCAGGCCAACUCUUACUAGUACCUAUCACCUGCGGUUGCACUGGAAACCGAUCUUUUGCAAAUAUCACUUAUCCGAUCAAGCAUGGAGAUAGUUACUAUGUGGUUUCGGUCUAUACAUUUGAAAAUCUCACCAACUGGCAGUUAGUGCAAGAGAUGAAUCCGACUCUGACUCCCAGCCUCUUGCCGGUUGGUGUCAAAGUGAUUUUCCCUUUGUUCUGCAAAUGCCCCUCGAAGAUGUACUCAGAGUUAGGAAUUCAGUAUCUCAUGACUUAUAUAUGGCAGACCAAUGAUGACAUCUUUAGAGUGAGUGCCAAGUUUAAAGCUUCAACAUUUGAAAUCUCAAAAGCGAAUAACCUGCGGAGCUUCAACAAUGGAAGUGCAGUAGUGGGACAACCGGUGCUGAUACCACUGACAAACUUGCCUGCUAUUUCCCAAUCCCUGCCCCUUCAUGAAAAAUCCACCCACCGGUUGAUGCUCAUUGUCAUCAUAUGCUUGGGAGUUGUUCUAUGUGCUGCUUCCCUGUUGGUGAUUUAUGUGCUGUACACUCGGCGUCUGCGCAGGAGACAGAAGCUUUUGAAUGGUAAGAGUUUAUCUGUGGAGACUGCUGAAUGGUUCCGUAUGAAAGAAGCAAAAAGUGAAGAAAAGAUUGAGCUGAAGUUCAUACAAGGCAAGCUUCUUCGUGGAGUUUCAAGCUAUCUAGGAAAGGCAAUUCUCUAUGAUAUCAAUACAAUUAUGGAGGCAACCAUGAAUCUCAACGAUCAUUGUAGGAUUGGAGGUUCUGUAUACAGGGCAGUAAUUGAUGGUAAGGUCUUGGCUGUGAAGAAAACCAAGGAAGAUGUCACUGAGGAACUAAAUAUCCUGCAGAAGGUAAAUCAUGCAAAUCUGGUGAAACUAGUGGGCAUCUCAUCCGGGAUAGAUGGGGAUCGCUUCUUGGUAUAUGAAUAUGCAGAAAAUGGAUCACUUGAUGAAUGGUUGUUCUAUAAAUCAUCAACCAAUCUAAGUUCCGGGGCAUUCCUCACAUGGAGUCAGAGAUUAAGCAUAGCUCUAGAUGUCGCCAAUGGCCUGCAAUACAUGCACGAACACAUACAACCGAGCAUUGUCCACAUGGAUAUAAGGACAAGUAACAUACUUCUGGACUCGAAAUACAAAGCCAAGAUAGCAAACUUUUCCAUGGCUAGAACAUCUGCAAACAGUGUUACACCAAAGGUGGAUGUCUUCUCCUUCGGUGUCAUUCUGUUGUCUUUGCUUUCAGGGAAGAAGGGCAUGGAAACGACAAAGAAUGGUGACAUCAUUAUGUUGUGGAAGGAUAUCAGGGGGGUUUUGGAAUCUGAAGAGAAAAAGCAUGAGAAGCUGAGAGCAUGGAUGGAUCCAACUUUGGAGAGCUUUUAUCCUAUUGAUGGUGCUUUGAGCUUGACAGCCUUGGCAAGUGCAUGCACACAGGAAAAGUCGUCAGCAAGACCAAGCAUGGCAGAAGUUGUCUUUAACCUCUCUGUUCUUACUCAUUCAUCAGCUGAGUCGACUAUGGAGAGGUCUUGGAAUUCUGUAUUGGACGCAGAAGAAAUUCUUCAAACUAUCAGUCCUAUCACAGCUCGCUGAUUCGAUGUCAGGAAUCUUGUAGAGCAAUCUGAUGUAUACUUCUAUAUACAGAGUCCUGUACUUCAAUGUACAAAACAACUUUCAUUUUGUUCCUUCGUGUAGUUUUUUCUGUGCAUUAGCGAGUUAUACUGUAUUCUUGAUAGAAAGGGAU